GGUACCCUCAAAUGAAAUGACUGGACUUGGUAUAUGUUUAAGUAAUAUUUACGACAUGAGAAGAUUAUACUCACUUAUUUUCAUGCUUAUUUGCUUAUUGUCAACUACUCCUGAUUUCAUUCCAGUUCCUCUUUUCACCCUGAAGCAAGAAUUACUUCCAGUGGGAGGAUGUUAAGGUGACGGUCUUUUCCACUUCUGGGGAUACUUGGCGUGUUUAUUAGUAGCAGAAUCAGCUAAUUUACUAAUCUUGUUUCAGAUCCAAUUGCGUAAAAUAAGGCAACUUGAAUGAUUAAAUAUAUCCUAUAAUUUUUUAAUUUUCAACUGAUUUUGCCCUGAUAUUUGAACCUGAGUUCUUUUUAUCACAUGAAAGUAGCAAGUUAUACAUUAUAUUUAUAUUGUGGUUUUUAUUUUACUUGCACAUUCUGUGGUUGUGCUUAAACCAUUGAAAAUAUUGAUCUUAUAACAAUUUCAAUCCUAAUUUACCUUGAACUCUUCACUAUCAGGUAAUAUAUGUUUUUGGAUUUGGGUCCCCACUGUUCUUUGAUCUGGAAAGUACUCAUCGGAUGAAGUGGGGCAUGUGGAUCAUCCACAACUUAUUACUUACUGCAGUUUAUGGCUUCAUUUUAUUUGUGCAUUUCUCAAAGUGGAGAGAGAAGUUGCCUUCUAGGCCAGCAUUUUACCACUACAUCGUUGUGAUGUUCUUCGUUAGUGCAGUUGCAUUGUUUGGUUGUGUUCUUGCUGGAAUCGGAGCUGGUUUUGGCAUUUGGUUGUAUAAUCUCACAGUUGUCUGCUAUCAUGCACUCUAUCUUCCUUUCUUGUUUGUGACUUUUCUGGCAGACUUUUUCCAGGAGGAAGAUUUUCUUUUGGAUAGUGCAUAUUACUCUGAAAUGAAAGAUGCGGGAUUCUUUGAUGCUGAUUGGGAGUAGGGCGUUUUUUUUUAAAUGAAAUCAUACUACCAUAGGGUUUAGUUUGUUGUAUACUUUGUAAAC